AUGCGUUAUCUACCAUUGGAAAAACUUGUCCUCACCCUCGUCUCAGCCUCUAGGAAGCUUGCUCCCUACUUCCAGUCGCACCGCAUCAUCGUCCUCACCGAAUACCCUCUCGAAUCUCUCCUUUGGAAAGCGGACCUUUCUAACCGAAUCUCUCAGUGGGCUGUCGAGCUCGCGAACUAUGAAAUCCAUUUCCAGCCUCGGACAUCAAUCAAAGCUCAAGCCCUCGCCGACUUCAUCGCCGAACUCACUCCAACCAACCCUCCCGCUUCGGAUCCAGCUCCAAGCACCGAAGUCAUACUCCAAGCAAGCCCAAGCACAGCAUGGAAGCUUUUUCACAGAGAUGUGUGGAAGAUGUACAUCGAUGGCACCUCAAACAGUCGAGGCACAGGAGUCGAAGUCGUCCCCCUCACCCCUUCCGGUGUUUUACACGAAAGCUCCCUCUCUAUCAACUUCCCAGCCUCUAACAACGAGGCUGAAUACGAGGUACUGAUCUCAGGACUCAAGAUGGCCGAAGCCCUGGGUAUCGAAGAACUUAUGGUUUACAACGAUUCCCAAUUAGUAGUCAACCAGCUCUCUGAGGAAUACAAAGCUCGGGAUGAUCGAAUGCGUACCUACCUUAGCUCUGCCGUCCGACUCAUCAAGAAUUUCAAAGUUAUCCGAGUCGAACAUAUCUCUAGGGAACAGAAUAUCCAUGCCGACGCCCUUGCAGGGCUCGUUUCGGCUUGCUCCUCCUCGGGACACUGUUCUAUUUCCUUCAAUUCCAUUGACAAGCCCAGUUUCGAGCUAGAAGUAUUGAACCAAGAGGUACUUAACAUAGAGCUCGGCCUGAGCUGGAUGGACGAAAUCAUUGGUUACCUGCGAGAUGACAUCCUUCCUCCCGACAAGAAGGACGCUCAGCGACUCCGCAAUAAAGCCGAUCUCUUUUGGCUCAAUCCGAACGGUAAGCUCUACCGAAGGUCCUUCACCGGCCCGUAUCUACUGGUUGCGCACCCCCACCAAGUACAAGGCAUCAUCGAAGAGCUUCGCACCGGGGAUAACGGUUGCCACUCCGGUGGACGGUCCCUCGCUCACCGAGCCAUUUCCCAGGGCUAUUGGUGGCCAACAAUGAAGAAGGAUUCUGAAGAAUUCGUCAGGCGUUGUAGGAAAUGCCAGAUGUCCACCCCUAUCAUCCACCAGCCAGCUCAAGACCUUAGCCUUCUCACCAGCCCUUGGCCUUUCUCUCAAUGGGGCAUGGAUAUCGUCGGUAAGCUCCCCGUUGCUAUGGGAGGAUUCAAGUUCCUCUUAACCGCCACCGACUAUUUCUCAAAAUGGGUCAAAACCGAACCCUUGGUAACUAUUGAAGAAACAGACGUCAUUCGUUUCGUUUGGCAAAAUAUCAUUUCGCGCUUCGGUGUCCCCUUCACCAUCAUCACGGACAACAAACGACAUUUUAUUGGCCAGAAAUACCGAUCCCUAUUAGACGAGUACUGCAUCAAAUGA